AUGCCGCGCCGAGAGGAAAGCCGCUCGCAGCUCCCCCCAGCCAGGGACUCCCCCGACAGAGACCGCCCCCCCAGGGCCGCCCGGCCCAGGAGGUGGUGGCACCUGCUGCCAGACCUGUGCCUGCUGCAGGUGUUCCGGUUCCUCCCGGACCGGGACUGCUACAGGGCGGCUCUGGUGUGCCGUCACUGGCACCAGGUGUUGCGCUCGCCCUGCCUCUGGACCAGCCGCCGGUUCCACUUCAGCGGCCGCCUCUCCCUGUACAGGCCGCCCGAAUGCAGCGUGGGGGUGGGCUACGUGCGCAGCCUGGGGCGGUACCUGGAGCGGCUGGAGGUCUACUUGGACCCGCCCCGCAUCCGGGCCACGGCACAGCGGCUGCAGAAAACCCUGUGCGGGCUGCUGGCCGAGCUCAUCAGAGUGAAAGCCCCUCUGCAGUCCUUCUCCCUGUUGAGGCUGGAGCUCGACCGUGCCUCGUGGGGGUCAGAGUGCAGAGACGCUGUGAUCAACAGCCUCAUCCAGUUAUUCCUCAGUGGGCCCUCAAAACUCACCAGGAUUUGCCUGGGCGGGAUGCACAACAACAUGGAGCAGGCUCAGGAGCUGCUGUCCACCCUGGUGCAUCAUCAGAAUGGCCUCUCUCCUCACGGCGGUAUCCUUUCCUUGGACCUGGUGGGAUUCUUCUCCCCGUUGCUGGCCUUGAACCCAAACGCCAGCAUCCCGCCCUUCCUGCAGGAGCUGCAGGGCCUCACCGACCUGGGCCUUAGUUACUCCUGUCUGACACAGGAAGUGCUGAUGGUUCUCCGGCAGAGCCGCCGAGGACAACACCAGGGCUCCGGCAGAGAUGGGAACGUCCUGCGAGCAUUUUCAGUGUUAUGCACUUACAAUGAGCUGCAUCGGGAGGUGGACAGAAGCUCGUGGGCAGCGUUGGCGUUGAGCUGCCCGGACCUCAGAGUCAACUUCUGCAUGGAACAAGUCAUCAACGAAGAGUGGCAGGCCUUUAUCCUGGUGCCUGAGAUUACUCUGCACAAAUUUGAGAUGACAGCUUUCUACUCCCCCGACGAACCCUGGAGUGCCAAGCCUCUGCUGCGUGACAUCCUGCCUCAGCACAGACACAGUCUGCAGCAUCUGACUUUGGAUCUGUGCAACUUCAGCGAAUCCUUGGAUGAUGAGCUGCUAAAUCUAGUGUGUGUGUGUGAGAAUCUGGUGGAUCUGAGGGUCUUUGCUGUCCUGGAAAUAAACACUGUUGGGACGCUGCUGGAAAUGAGGACGACUAAGAGGAUUCUUCUCAACAAGAUCGAGGUGGGAACAACACAGAGACGGUUUGUAUCUGCUCCCACGCAGAGAUCUAGCCAGCAAAUGUGGUGA